AUGCCUUCAAACACUAAGGUUUUCAUUUUGAAUCCCAAAAAAAACAGAAGUUUUUGGCGCUUGCCAGUGUUUCUUUUUUUUAUUCCGUUCUCCCAUAUGAAAAUGACAAAUUUUAUUUUUUGAUUAGUGUGAAAAUUGUUUUCCACCUUGAGAUAACUUUACAUUUGCGUUAUUAGAAUCAUAUACUUAAGCAAAUCGGAAGUUGCGCGCCACCGCACUCGGACGCCACUUCAGAGAACACUCAGAACUGAAGCUUUGUCAAACCGGAUCCUUUUUUUCUCUAUGUUCUUUACGUUUCUCUUCACUUUGCUUCCUUUUCGCUUCAUUUUACUGUUAUAUAAAGUCCGGGAAAAAAAUCUUUCUCAAUACUUGCAUUAAUUCGGUAGUGAAAAAAAGGCAAAUCAGUUUAAUUUAUUUUUUUGAAAGUUUUUAUUGUAUUUUUUUCAAUUUAAAUAUUGAUUAUCAUAAAGCAAAUCUGUGGUAUCAAUUUUUUUGAAUAAAAAAACUGGUUACAGGGAAAAAAAUCAUCUUCGGUUGAGUUUUUAAUACGAUUUCCUAAGAAAAAAAGAAGAUUUUUUUGUCAAUUUUUUUAUAAGUUUAUUUUUUUCCUUAAAAUACGAUUUUUCCCUGUUUCACUAUAAAAAUAUUAAAAUUAUCGACUAAUACUCUUUCCAUUAAAAAUCGGUUUUUGAAUCCAGUUUCCCUCAUUUUUUUAAAGUUUAUUAAUUUUUUUCUUUCUGAGCUCAAACUAUUUUUAUUUUUUUCUUGUUUCAAUCGAAAAAGUUUAUAUGAAAAUCCUAAUUAUUUAAAAAAAGAAAAACUUUCAUUUUUCAGCAAUGGGUCAAUUAUCUAGUACGUUUUUCACGCCGGUCCGCUCAACCCGUGAGGCGAACAGCCACGGAUGAAGAAGAUCCCGAACAACAACUGGCUUUUUCCAACACUCAAGGUGAAAAAAAAAACUUUUCUACAUAGAAAAUUCCAUUUCUUUGUCAAUUACCAUUUUUCGAAGCAAAAAGGGAUUUUCAGGAUCCUACUUCGGCUCACAUUUUUUGAUGUGCGGGUGCCGGUUCGAUCUGGCAAAACCUGAGGCGUAUUUAUUUGGAGAGAACAGUGACUUAGACUUGUUAGGAAGCAGAGCGUUAACGGUAUAUUUAUAUUUGAAUUUAUUUUUGUGAUUUUUCUAUAUUUAGUAUCCUUACGCUUGCCCGUUGGGAAGCGAUGAAAUUCGCCCUUUGAAUGCACUGGUGAAUGUUCGGAAAGAAUCCGUCAAAUUUGUAAAGUGAGUCUGUUUUUUUAUAUAGCUUGAAACGGUAAAAAAAUAAAAAAAUAAAGUUUACUCUUUUUCCAAUUAAAUACCUGCCUACAAGUAAGGUCAUUUUACUUUUUGGUUCGGAAUUUUCUGAAAAUCAUAGCUUUUCUAGAUGUACAAGAAGAAGAUCCUGAAAAUCUCAAUCUGCACAACUUUUCAGUUUUCGAGAUAUAAGGAAAUCAAAGCCUGAAAAUAGCUCAUUUUAACAGACUUUCAUGGUUUCCAUUGACUUCGGGGUGCUCCUUCUCGAAAACUAGGAAGUUGAGCAGAUUGUGAUAUUCAGAAUUCAUAUCUGGUACAUUAAAAAGCGUUCUGGCCAACUUUCAGGAAAAUCUCAACCGCAAAAUAAUAUGACUUUCCAUGUUAAAAACUUUUUCUAUCUUAUCCUAUGUCUUAAUGCUCAUCAUGGUCUUUGAAACGACAGUUAACCAAGCUAAAAAAAUUAAUUUGCAGAUUGAAAAGUGAGAAUGGAGCGGUUCAAAACAAUUUGUACCAACUUCACUUCAUUUUUGACGCUGAUUGUCCCUGCUACGUCCAAAUCCAUUUCAACGCUCGCGAAGUUUAUCAAGAUGGAGAUGUUCAGUACGUUUCUUUUUUUUUCCUUCCGAAGAACAUUUUCCAGGUUUGUCUACCGGAAUAAAAGAGUCACCUGCUCGGAGAAAUUUGCUUUUGGACUGGGCAGUGAUCAAAUUUUCAAUCAUUUCACUUUCAAUGCAAGUCAGUGGGAAAUCGCAGAGGUUUGAAUUUUUUUUACUUUUUAAUUGCAAAAAAAAUUUUUUUCAGCUUUCUUAUGUUGGAGGUCUUUUUCUUUCCUGUAGUUAUUGCUGUUCACACCGAAAAUGUCGAGGGCGUUGUACAAAUGCAAAGUACGAUGUGCACUGUUGAGGUGAUAAUUGCGGUUGUAAUUCCGAGUAAUUAGAUUGUUAAUUAGCACGCAAACGACAGCAGCCGUUCUGUUAUUCUGAAACCUCUGCGACAGAAGAUUGCAAGCGACGGAGUUGUUUAUUUGCUGCAGGUACGUUUUUUGACUUUUUUGACUUGCCUUUUCUUGACAAAAAACAAUUUUUGACCCUGGUUGAAAUUUCGAAACCUCCCUCCUCUCUCCCCCAAUGUCACAAGUUUACUUCAGAACCUUUUGAUUUAAAAAAAAAUUGUUCUCCUUUGACUUUUAAUUGGACUAAUGAGUUUCAAAGUUCACCAACUACUUGAAAAAAAGGUUUUUUUAAAGGUUUUUUUCAGCGUUAUGACUAGAAAAUGAAAAAUUAUCGUAAGAUUUUUUUCGACUCCGAAAAAAAUAGUAAUUUCCUAUUUUUUUAUUUGAAUUUGGACCUGAGGUUAAAAAAACAAAUAUUGUGAAAAGUUUGGCAGCAUUUUCAGGAUUUAUGAUAAUAUUGAUAUGAUCCUUUUAUCACAAAAAAAAACUUAAAACGUUGAUUACGUUGAAAAUUUUUUUGCUCUAAAUUUACACAGUUACAUUUUGCAUGGUUCCAGGUAAUUUUUUACUGUUUCCUUGACAUCCACGAAUUUGCAAUAAUAAAUACCCAAUUUUCAGGAGAUUUUCGGCAUCGAAAACAAAGAAAACCACAUCAGCGAUGGGGACGACUGUGGUUUGGAGUGCAUUAUUUGCAUGUCCGACGUGAGAGACACGGUUAUUCUGCCUUGUCGGCAUCUUUGCAUCUGCAGCAACUGCGCGGACACACUUCGUUACAAGGUCUUUUUUUAUUCAUUCAGGAUGUUCUCGUUGAAAAAAGUGCAAGUUGGUUGGAUAUUUACAAAAAAAUCGGUGGAAUUAGGCUCCAUGGAAAAGAGUGGCACUCUUUCCAGGAUAUCCUGACUAUUUUGAAAAUGCCUUUUUUAUAUUGGAAAAGCCAUUUUCGCAUCAUAACUUCAAGAGACUUGUCUAAAAUAACCAUUGACUAUUUUUGGAAGCCACUGUUCAAUAUAACCAUAAGUUUAGAUAAUUUUUUUUCAGCUCAACAACUGUCCGAUUUGUCGAUCACCUUUCCGUGCACUAAUAAGAUUGCGUGCGCACAGACAAACUCGGAGUCAAAUGUAACUUUUUUUUUGAAAUUUUUAUUUUUCACACACGAUUACAAAAAUUUCAGAUACGAAACUGUAAGUCUGGUAGAAGGCUUGAAUGGUCCUCAUAAUGUAAAUUUGAACGACGACAACUUGGACUCUGCGUUACAGGAUUCAAGAAGAAGACAUUCCAGUAGAAGCGGAGGAGCCCUGCAUCAGGUAAAUAAGUUAUCAAUUGGCAGUUUUCUGAAUUUCCAAUUUUUAAGGUUAUCGCAAUGGAACCAGUACUAACAGAGGAUCAGGCUUCUCUUAGAAAAGACGGCGGACUUGAUGGAGAAUGCAUUGAAAUGACUUAUAUUUCUACGGAAAAUGUCGAAUCAGUGGUUGACGAGGUUUGUUUUGGAUUUUUCAGCACUGAAUUAUUAAAAAUUGCUUAAUUGUUGUAGUAAGAGUAUCGGAAAAUACGGAAAAACGCGGUUUCGGUCAUGAUUUUCUUGUAAAAAAUUCAAUCUUCCUGAUAGUUUCUGAAGCUCCUUUUUUUCCUGAAAACUGAAACUUUAUUAGAAUGUUCAAAAUAACAGUCAUCACAAUUCUAGAAAGUUUCAGAAAGAUUGAACUACUCACAAGAAAGAUGUGACCUUUUUUACGACCUGUGUAGUUUUUUUCAAAAUUUUCGACGUUUCAAGCUAAGUUUUGCUGAAGAAACGGGCAGUGUAAACAGAAAUCUUUUAAUUUUUCCUUUGAAGAGAAAAUCGAAAAAGAUGAUCGACGGCGAAAAUGGAGCAGACAGCUGCGAUGAUUGCGACGACUCCUCUCAGGUUUCCACCAUUUUCAAGUCUUUACGCGAGUUUUUCGCAUUCAGACAGAGUCAUCCACCUCUACAGCGGACGAAGGACGCAAGAACUCCCGUGGCUCGAAUUCUGACGACGAUGAUUUCGCGAGGGAUCGACGACGCUCUCUCCAGCCAGGAUCUCGAAGCUCCAGUUCCCAGCUUUUGAACAGAGCCAAUACUGUUCUAUGA